AUGCUUAUCAGCAGUCCUGGGAUAAGCAAUGUAAACGAACAAUCGCGUUGCAUUGAUGUGAGAGAUACUGAGAUACACUUCGGGCAGGGUCAAUUGCUCUCUGCUGCCAGUGCUAUCGAAUUUGGUGGAUACAGCGACCAAUUUGUAUCAGGAUCAGGGCAGUCGGAGUUGGGAGUCCAUAGCCAUGUCGACAGACUCAAAGCUCAAGGCGUUGGUACGAUGGCAUGUGUUGCUCUUGAAAGAUCUGGAAUGGCAACAGUUACUGCUGUACUUCGAUCAAACUAUGAGAAGGUCCUUCGAGAUGGCUUUGAAAUUGAGUCCAUUAAUCAUGGAAAACUGUCGGCCUGGAGACCGAGUCACAUUGUCAAUUCUGUGCCUCAAAGUGACUCGCAUGAUCCUUUUGACUUUGUGAUCGUUUCUAUGAAGACUAUACCAGAAAUCACCAACAUCAACAAAAUUAUCGCGCCGAGCAUAACCCCCGACCACACAACCAUCGUGUUGAUGCAAAACGGCAUGUACAUCGAGCCACCGGUCAUGGAAGCUUUCCCCUCGAACGUCAUCCUCUCUGCUACAAGCUACAUCGGAGCCCACGAAAGAAACGGUCAUAUUAUUCAUGAUGACCCCGACUAUUUCCACAUAGGAGCAUUCCACAACUCACGACUAAAUGCUGAAUACGAAAAACAAAGACUAGAUCUAUUUGCAGCAGCCUAUAAUGGAUCCAAAGUCGUGAACGCUGAAACCGUCGAUGACAUCAUCUUCUAUCGCUGGCGGAAAAUCAUGUGGAAUGGUACCUACAAUUCGAUGUGUGCGAUCACUCAGCUUGACAAUGCCGCAAUCCGACGACUGGGCGGGGAGAACAGUCUGAUUCGCCCCGGUAUGGUUGAAAUGGCAGCUAUCGCCAAAGCAGAUGGAUACGACUUGGGGGGAAAUAUUGUGGACGAGAUGGUCAAUGCUACGCCCAUUGCACUUUCAUUCCGGCCCAGCAUGCUAGUAGAUGUCGACAAAGGAAACCCAGUCGAGGUUGAAGUUAUCUUGGGAAAUGCGCUGCGAAUUGCUCGCGAGAAAGGCGUUCCAACUCCCAUAUUGGAUAAUACCUACCGUUUUUUGAAGCUGAUUCAGGCGCGCUUAUUAGUUGCUCGAGGACACUUGACUAUGCCAGAAGACAUCAUGACUGGUGACUGUAUCUAG